ACAGAUGUGUGUCUUGGAGUGGUCCCUUAGCGUCACCACACAAGGCUAUUCAAAUCGCGCCCCAAUGUGAGCGGAUAAAGAUGCAUGUGGGCCGACAACAGUAAAAUGGACGGGGUGAGACGCAAGCAUCACCAUGGAUACUCAAAGAGGAGCACCAGAGGACAGCAGCGGCAGUUCAACAAGCAGAGAAACAGUGAGUUUAAGUCGUUAUUUGAUGAGUUCAGAAUGGCUCUACCAACCCUCUCUGCACAUGUGCCCAGUCGUGCCCGUGUUCUGGGGAGACAGAUGGCCCGGCAGCGGGAACAGGAGGCUCGUUGGCGGCAACAGUGGGAGCUGCAUUCUAAAUACUUCAGGGAGCAGAACUUGCGGAGUCACAAACAAGCAGUGUGGAGUUCCCAGCAGUCUUACCAACAGAGUAUGUCAGCAUACCAUAAAGAGAGAGUGGAGGAAGAGAAGAGGAUGAGCUUGGAGCAGCGCAGGAAACGGCUCCAGGCUAUGCUUGAAGAAGAGCAGGACCAGUUUGUGGCCGAGCUCCAGGCAGUAGCACCUGACAGGAGUACGUUGGUGAGUCAGCUUGUGCAGAAGACUGAGGAGCUCCGUUCUGCAAGAGAAGAGAGAAGAAAAAAGCUUGUGCAAGAGCUGCUAAAGGAGCACUGGAGGGAAAACAACCCUGAGUUGCAAAAGGUCAAGUCAGCAUUACAUAAAGAUCGUGUUGUCAAACAAUGGCAAGAGCAGACUUCUGAGAAAAAAAAGCGUGAAGCCGCAGAGCAGGAGGAGAAGAAACGUUUUGAAAAGGAAUAUGAAAGGACUCGAAAAGAGGCUCUGGAAAAGAUGAAGCAGGCAGAGGAGAAAAAGAAAGCAGAGGGGCAGAAGCGAGUAGAGGAACUUUGUAAGCAGAUGGAAGAACUGAGGCUGAAGGAGAAAGAGGCGAGUCGUUUAAAGAAGGAGCAAGAGGCGUUGCUUGCUCAGCGCUGGGAGCUGGAGAAGAUAGAAGAGGAAAGGAGAAAGUUGGAGGAAAGAAGAAAGAAGUCUGAGAUGGCACGUUUCUUGGUACGUCAGUACCGGGCUCAGCUGAAGAAGAGAGCCCAGCAAGUUCAGGAAGAGCUUGAGGCAGACCGCAAGAUCCUGGCAACUUUGCUGGGAGGAGAAGAAGAGAACAGGAGGUUAGAGAGUGUAAGGAGGGAAAGGGCUGUAGCUGAUGCUGCUUGGAUGAAACAUGUGAUCGACGAACAACUUCAGUUAGAAAGACAGAGAGAGGCAGAGUUUGACAUUCUGUAUAGAGAAGAAGCCCAACGUGUGUGGGAGAAACGAGAGGCAGAAUGGGAAAAGGAGAGAAGAGCCAGAGAGCAGCUCAUGCAUGAGGUUCUUGUGGGGAGACAGCAGCAGCUGGAGCUCAAGAUACAGCAGAACCACAAGGCUCAGGAGGAUUCCCUGAGGAGGCGAGAAGAGCUGAUCCAGGAGCUGGAGUUGGAAAAAGAGGCCAGACGCCUGGAGAGGGAGCAAGAAGAAGGCCAGAGAACAGCACGAAUGCAAGAGAUGAAUGCUCAGGUGGAACAGCAGCGCCAAGAACUUCAGGAGGAGCAACACAGGAUAGAGCAAGAGGAGGAGGACAUGAGGGAGGCCCUUCGAAUCCAGGAGGAGGAGCUGAGACUGGAGACACAGAGGAUGACUGAGCAGGGUUAUCAGGAGAAGAUCCACAGCAGACCCCGAUCAGCCUGGAUGUGAGGACUCUGCAAGACUGAAAUUCUCACUUAAUUUUUUUAUACAUGUAAUUAGCUUGACUAUCUAAGGAGUUUCAUCAUUCAAUCAGGUUCCCGGGCCUUGUUUAUGCCAAGUUGAUACUUAUUUAAAAAUAUUUGUCUAUAAUUAGAGAGACUAGUGAUUUUUUUUUUAGCAAUCCUAGAGCUGGAACUAGAGUUGCUUUUUUUUUUUUUUUACUAUUCAUUCUUUGUGAUCAGUUUUUAGUAAAUCUGAUAAAAUCAUCACCAGUCCAAGUUUUCUGUCAUUGUAA